UAAAGUCCAGAUGCACUUCAGGGAAUAUAUAUACUUCAGACAAGAGCAGGUUGCAAUCUCAUUUACAUUUGAAGAGCGUGUAGGUGAUUCUGAAAUCCCUCGGGGAAAAUUUUCUUAAUUCAAGGAGGUUGCUCUCAAAUAAGGGCCCUAAAUGAUAUCUGGAGCAGACAUCUACCAUGUCAUAGAGGCAAUAGUGCCACUGUACGUAGCCAUGAUUCUAGCUUAUAUGUCCAUUAAAUGGUGGAAACUAUUCACCUCUACUCAGUGCUCCGGGAUUAACAAGUUCGUUGCAAAAUUUUCAGUCCCUCUGCUCUCAUUUCGUUAUAUCUCCAUCAACAAUCCUUAUCAGAUGAACCUCAAGCUUCUAUUCUCGGAUACAGUGCAAAAACUUCUAGUUCUUUUGGUACUUGGAGUCAUAUGUAAAUUGCAGUUUAGAGGCAGCUUGGAUUGGCUAAUCACUGGCUUCUCAGUUUCUACUCUACCCAAUACAUUGAUCCUAGGGAUUCCAUUAAUAAAAUCUCUAUAUGGGGAUGAAGCUGUCAAGCUCCUGGGUCAGAUUGUUAUGUUGCAGAGCUUAAUUUGGUAUACCCUUCUGCUAUUUCUUUUCGAAUUCAGGGCUGCUGGAUUAGUUGCAGACACUCCGACUGAAAGUACAGAAGAAGCAACUGAAUCACCAGAAGCACAACCGAAGCCUGAAGAAGAGGAAGCAAAAGCCAUUUCCUCCAAAAAGAGCAAAUACCAGACCAUUCUAUUGACGGUCACAAGGAAACUUAUGCAAAACCCCAACACCUUCUCAUGCUUAGCAGGCCUCAUAUGGUCAUUAGUCAGCUUUAGAUGGGGACUUAAACUUCCAAGAAUAGUUGACGACUCCAUAUCCAUACUAGCAGACGGAGGACUUGGCAUGGCUAUGUUUAGCUUAGGUCUUUUUAUGGCAUCACAACCAAAAUUAAUUGCAUGUGGGACUUGGAUGAUGUUAUUAUCUAUGGGAGCUAGGUUUGCAAUAGGACCAGCCACAAUGGCUAUUCCUUCCUAUGCUAUUAGAAUGAGAGGAAAAUUGCUCAGUGCAGCAAUUAUUCAGGCAGCUUUUCCCCAAGGAAUUGUGCCAUUUGUGUUCGCUAACGAGUAUGGACUGCAUCCUGAUAUCCUGAGCACCGGGGUUAUUAUUGGCAUGUUCGUAGCUAUACCGGUUACACUGGUAUAUUACUUACUGCUUAGUAUUAAGUGACUGCCAUUUGGGCCAAAUAUGGAGAUUCAUGUCCUUGUAGACCAUUAUGAUUCAUCAGGCAUACCUUCAGGAAAUUGAUUGUGUAUAGGCUACUAAACCAUGUUAAGUGUGACCUCUCAUCUAAAUUUUCUCAUUGUUACACAUUAAGCACAUGAAGAUUGAGAAAAUAAAUCAACAAAAUGACAUAGCAGGAUAAUGUAUAGUUACAAUUUACAAGUAUUCUGUAAUGCUACUAUCCAUUUGAGUCCUACGCAGGUCGAUUACAUCAGUUACGAUUUCAUAUAGUGAGUGUGAAAUCAAAGGCAUGCAUUACUUUCUUCUACACGGAUGAAUGGCUUUUAUUUACCGAUCUUACCACGGCAUAUUUGACCACUUGAUGUUAAACUUGGGUUGGAAUAGAAGAACUCAAAUUCUCUUAGUUCGCCAUUGUUGGCAUCAGUUAUGUACUAUUAUAUUUCUGCUAUUCUUUUUCCACAUAAUCCUCAU